AUGUCCGUCGGGCUUGGCAGCUGGGGCCCCGACUCGCGACCCGUCACCUGCGACUGCGGCCGGCCGAAGGGCGAUGCGCGUCUGGCGGCGCGUGACCUUGGCUGCACGAAGCAACCAGCGGACGAGGCGCUGACACGGAUCACCGCAUCGACUACCGCCAACAGCUUCAGCAUCUGCCUCUGGUGCCCCGCUACGUCCUCAUCGCACCAGCGCCUCGUCCGCUGGUUGCUUCGUGCAGCCAAGGUCACGCGCCGCCAGACGCGCAUCGCCCUUCGGCCGGCCGCAGUCGCAGGUGACGGGUCGCGAGUCGGGGCCCCAGCCGCCAAGCCCGACGGACAUGAUCGAGAGACCUUUCUCGAACUCAAUGGACAAGCCAGCGACUCCGACAUGCGAGCGGGCAGCGACCCACGCACGCAUCAACCCGCAGACACGCAGAAAGACGAGCAAGGCAUUCCGGAGCAAGAAAGACAAAACUUCAGCAUCUGCCUCUGGUGCCCCGCUACGUCCUCAUCGCACCAGCGCCUCGUCCGCUGGUUGCUUCGUGCAGCCAAGGUCACGCGCCGCCAGACGCGCAUCGCCCUUCGGCCGGCCGCAGUCGCAGGUGACGGGUCGCGAGUCGGGGCCCCAGCCGCCAAGCCCGACGGACAUGAUCGAGAGACCUUUCUCGAACUCAAUGGACAAGCCAGCGACUCCGACAUGCGAGCGGGCAGCGACCCACGCACGCAUCAACCCGCAGACACGCAGAAAGACGAGCAAGGCAUUCCGGAGCAAGAAAGACAAAAACACGGAUCACCGCAUCGACUACCGCCAACAGCUUCAGCAUCUGCCUCUGGUGCCCCCGCUACGUCCUCAUCGCACCAGCGCCUCGUCCGCUGGUUGCUUCGUGCAGCCAAGGUCACGCGCCGCCAGACGCGCAUCGCCCUUCGGCCGGCCGCAGUCGCAGGUGACGGGUCGCGAGUCGGGGCCCCAGCCGCCAAGCCCGACGGUCAUGAUCGAGAGACCUUUCUCGAACUCAAUGGACAAGCCAGCGACUCCGACAUGCGAGCGGGCAGCGACCCACGCACGCAUCAACCCGCAGACACGCAGAAAGACGAGCAAGGCAUUCCGGAGCAAGAAAGACAAAAACACGGAUCACCGCAUCGACUACCGCCAACAGCUUCAGCAUCUGCCUCUGGUGCCCCCGCUACGUCCUCAUCGCACCAGCACCUCGUCCGCUGGUUGCUUCGUGCAGCCAAGGUCACGCGCCGCCAGACGCGCAUCGCCCUUCGGCCGGCCGCAGUCGCAGGUGACGGGUCGCGAGUCGGGGCCCCAGCCGCCAAGCCCGACGGUCAUGAUCGAGAGACCUUUCUCGAACUCAAUGGACAAGCCAGCGACUCCGACAUGCGAGCGGGCAUAAGAACACGGAUCACCGCAUCGACUACCGCCAACAGCUUCAGCAUCUGCCUCUGGUGCCCCGCUACGUCCUCAUCGCACCAGCGCCUCGUCCGCUGGUUGCUUCGUGCAGCCAAGGUCACGCGCCGCCAGACGCGCAUCGCCCUUCGGCCGGCCGCAGUCGCAGGUGACGGGUCGCGAGUCGGGGCCCCAGCUGCCAAGCCCGACGGACAUGAUCGAGAGACCUUUCUCGAACUCAAUGGACAAGCCAGCGACUCCGACAUGCGAGCGGGCAGCGACCCACGCACGCAUCAACCCGCAGACACGCAGAAAGACGAGCAAGGCAUUCCGGAGCAAGAAAGACAAAACUUCAGCAUCUGCCUCUGGUGCCCCGCUACGUCCUCAUCGCACCAGCGCCUCGUCCGCUGGUUGCUUCGUGCAGCCAAGGUCACGCGCCGCCAGACGCGCAUCGCCCUUCGGCCGGCCGCAGUCGCAGGUGACGGGUCGCGAGUCGGGGCCCCAGCUGCCAAGCCCGACGGACAUGAUCGAGAGACCUUUCUCGAACUCAAUGGACAAGCCAGCGACUCCGACAUGCGAGCGGGCAGCGACCCACGCACGCAUCAACCCGCAGACACGCAGAAAGACGAGCAAGGCAUUCCGGAGCAAGAAAGACAAAAACACGGAUCACCGCAUCGACUACCGCCAACAGCUUCAGCAUCUGCCUCUGGUGCCCCCGCUACGUCCUCAUCGCACCAGCGCCUCGUCCGCUGGUUGCUUCGUGCAGCCAAGGUCACGCGCCGCCAGACGCGCAUCGCCCUUCGGCCGGCCGCAGUCGCAGGUGACGGGUCGCGAGUCGGGGCCCCAGCCGCCAAGCCCGACGGACAUGAUCGAGAGACCUUUCUCGAACUCAAUGGACAAGCCAGCGACUCCGACAUGCGAGCGGGCAGCGACCCACGCACGCAUCAACCCGCAGACACGCAGAAAGACGAGCAAGGCAUUCCGGAGCAAGAAAGACAAAAACACGGAUCACCGCAUCGACUACCGCCAACAGCUUCAGCAUCUGCCUCUGGUGCCCCCGCUACGUCCUCAUCGCACCAGCGCCUCGUCCGCUGGUUGCUUCGUGCAGCCAAGGUCACGCGCCGCCAGACGCGCAUCGCCCUUCGGCCGGCCGCAGUCGCAGGUGACGGGUCGCGAGUCGGGGCCCCAGCCGCCAAGCCCGACGGACAUGAUCGAGAGACCUUCUCGAACUCGAGCCCCACGGUGGGCGACUACUUUUUCGCUGGCUUGUCCAUUGAGUUCGAGAAAGGUCUCUCGAUCAUGUCCGUCGGGCUUGGCGGCUGGGGCCCCGACUCGCGACCCGUCACCUGCGACUGCGGCCGGCCGAAGGGCGAUGCGCGUCUGGCGGCGCGUGACCUUGGCUGCACGAAGCAACCAGCGGACGAGGCGCUGGUGCGAUGA